GCACAGCUGGAUGUAGCAGCUGGCAGAGAGAGAGAACUGGAGCCUCCCCCACCAUGGAGAAGUGGACCCCAGGGACCGAGGAUUUCCACUCUUGCAGGUGUGGCAUGGCAGAAGUUCUAAAGAACAGCUCUCCCCAGGACCAGGUGGAGUGGGGACCAAGAGCAGCAUGUCCACCCCAGGCCAUGCUCGGACUUGUCUUCUGGCUUCUUGAUUUUAAUUUGCAAGGGGCAUGGAGGAAGAAAAAGCUGGCAGGUAGAGCAGCUCCAGCCACCCUGAGGACACAGGUGCCCCCCAGGUCUGAGGCCAAGCCACUCCCUCACUCUCCCCAGAGAAGAGUAAACGCCCCGCUCCAGGGAACCUGAAUUGAGCAGAGAGGUGCCCCAUGGCCAGGUGGCUGUGUCUCCCUGAAGAAGGAUGGCGGGCAACGUAGGGAGGCCCUGCCCGCUGGCAGAAGUUGAGACCCGGAGGAAGCUCUGGAGAAGUGCCUUGAGUGUUGUUCUAGGGUGGAGGGGGCACCUUGGAACGCACCUGAUCACGUGACCAUCCUCCCCAAACUUGCAGAAGCAGGACACUUGCUUUUAGGUGAGGUGGCUGAAGAGGCGUGUGGAAGGGAAAGAGGACGGCCCCUCUGUGGGUAGGCCGGGAUGCUGCUGGGUGCGGCUUCGUGGAAGCCAUGCCAAAGGUGCCACCCUGAGAUUUCCUGCAAGAAGAACCUUGCAGAAAAGGGAAAUGACUGGAGUUACAGCUGCUGCAGGGCCCCUGGGAGUGGGGACCUACAGAGGCCCUGGAGUUCUUGGUAGACCAGAUCCAAGGAUGGAGAAGGCAGGACCCAUGCUCUGCACCCGAGGGGACCCAGCCAGAUGGGAAGGGGCAGCCCCUUCACAUCAAAUCCAAGAGUCGAGGGCUGGAGGCAAGCACCCAAGAACAGCUGAGAAGCACCCACUUUGUUGAAAACCAAACCUCAGAGCAUCUGUGACUCACCAUCACUUGGUGACCAGGUGCCAAGGCACUGCUGGUACAUUGGCUUGAAAAUGGAGGCCAGGAUGGGAGUGUGGCGUCAGCACGAGUGAAGACCAGAGGCCCUCCCUGCUCCAGACGAGCAGAGGAAGGUCCCUGCACUGACUCUGGGGGCAGAGUGCGGAGCAGCCCCAGGUGGUCCUGGGGGUGCCCAGGCUCUCUGUUCCCACAGCACAGUGUCUGUCCAGCAUCCCUACAGGACUGUGCUGGGAUGUGGUCCUUGUGUCCUCUGGUAGCUGGGCAGUAUCUGUGACUGCUCAGCUAUCUCACUCAGACAACAGGAGGCGAGUGGACUUGGCUUUGAACUCUGAGCCAUGUGGUCACUCCCAGCCCCCACUUCCCUGCUGCAGACAUUGGCCACGUUCUCACGGCUCUGAGGAACAGGGGUGGCAGUCCCAUGCUGUGCCUCACAGAGGCUAUCUGUGGCCAUACUCAGACAGACUCCCAAGGAUCCCUGGGAUCCUGGACUCUCCUGGCAGGAGUGCAGCACCCACCACAUCAAUGGGAGCAGUGCUCCAAGGAGGCUCUACAGCCACCCAUGGGGCCAGGGCCCAUUCUCUGCAGCCCCCGGAGCCAGCUCAGGACCAGGGUAUGAGGCCCACACAGGCAGGGGUGGGGACUGCCCUGCAUGGGAGUCCCCAGUCCCUAGCAGAAGCCAACAUUUCUUGUUGCCUUCCCAGGCCCCUGCCAGGGACAGGCCCAGCCUGGGAACAGGAGCUACAGUACUCAAGGAUCCUCGGCGUGGCUGGCCACCAGGUGUGCACUCCACCUGCUCCACAGCCCUGGGGUGCUGAGUUGCAGCCUGGGUGGCUCACCCAGGUCACUUUCUCCUCCAGAGGAAGAAGGAUGGCCCAACCCUGCCCCAGAUCCACUGUGGACACAGAGAGCGGUCUCCGCCUCCCACCCUCUGUUGGCUGGUGCCACGGUGAGGACCUGGGGCAGAGAAGCCGUGGCCCUCAAGCUGCGUUCUGGCUUUUGGCAGCCUGUGGAGCUGGGAAGGAGGCCCUGUCUGAGCCAGGAGACUGGCUAUGAAGACUGAAAUGCCAAGGCACAUACAGGAUCCAGACCUCUGGUUCUAGGACACUUUCCUGAAGGAUGUUUCCAAAGUCACUGAGCCACCUUGAACUCUCCAUAAAGUCCACGUUGCAAACUCACUUAAUAUUAUGAAAUCUUGAUCUGUGAAGUAUCUAUGGGAUGGAGCCCACAGCUCAGGGACGAACUGAGAAGAGUUUCAGCUAUGUCAUCAGAGCCCCCAGCAGUGAUGCGUUGGAUGUCACACACGUGGAUGUGAAGAUCGACACAUGCUGGAUAUUCCGGGACCUGGAGGAGAGUGGUGAAGCACAGGGGUGCCUUCCAGAAGAAGUGGCCGGGACCCCAGAGGUGGACACGGGGAUGCUCGGGAAGCAGCUGGAAUCCUCAGAGCAGAAGCCUGUGGCAGCUGUGAACACGCACGUGAUGUCGGAGUCCAGGCUGAGGAGCAGGAUUCAGGCACUGGAGGUGUCACAGAGGAAGCUGCUCCGGGAGGUGGACCGGCUGCGUGCCUGCGUGGUCCAGGAAAGAAGCACCUCACUGUGGGCCCAGGAGCAGCUGCGGGCACUGCAGGAGGAGCUGGUCAGCCAGGUCCGGCAAGAGGAGAGUGUUGCUUGGCGGCAGCGGCAGCAGCUGCGACGGCUGAGGGGGCAGCUGCAGCGCAGGGAUGAGGCGCUAGGGCUGCAGGCUGCGGCCCUGGAGCAUUGCCGGAGGAUCCAGCGGUGCCAACUGGGUCUGGUGCGGGAUCAGGAGCGCGUCCUGCGGGCGCAGGUGCAGCGGUUGGAGAGGGAUGUGCGGCACCUCUGUCGUGCCGCGGGCCUCCUGCUGGCUCAGCGGGGCACUGAGGCCCCCGCGCCAGUCUCGGGCAAGCCCAGGCUGCAGGUCCCCGCCGAUCCCCACAAAGCCCCGGAGGCAGCUGCGGAGCUGCGCGCCCUGCAGCAGAGGGCAGAGUUAAGCGAGCGUGAGCGGGAAGAGGCGGUCCGUCGGCUGCGGGAACAGCGCGCCACCGAGCUCCUGCUCCGCGGGCAGCUGGAGGAGCUGCGCUGCUGCAUCUAUGGGCUGCAGCUGUCCGAGAUUGGCCUGCAGGGCCACGUGGAGGAGCUCGCCCAGCAAAACCAGAGCCUGCGGGAGGAGCUGGGAGCCCAGGCCCCCACUGGUGGCUGUAGCCUGGGUGGCCUGGGCCGCGCUCAGGAUGCCUCGCCAUGCCAGCCCAGGGAGGGGGCGCUGGGUCCCUGCAGCCACGGCCGGCUCGACGGUGCCCAGGGACGUCAGGCCUUCGCAGGCCAGCCCUUGGAGGGACCCGGCACCUGCAUCUGCGCUGGAGCUGGGCCAGGCCCCGAGAGCGUGGGCGAGCUGUCAGAGGGCCGCACAGGGUCUGCCCGUGAACAGCCUCUGGCGGAGCCCAGCCUGGAUGGACAGACUCUUCUCCUGGUGUGUGGUUCUUCCCCAGCGCAGCACAUGGACGGGUCGCUCAUCGCCCUGGACCUGGCCUGGGUUUCAGAGGGCCUUAGAGACGCCCAAGCCCAGGAGCCCUUUCUCCAGGUGCAGACAUCCACGCUUCCGCUCCGGGGCCUGGCUGGGGCCCCUGGGCUCCUGCUGCCACUGCUGUCCCAGGAAGCUCCCCCAGAGGAGCUCCAAGACCUGCUGGACACCAGGUCCACCCCUGCCCCCAGUGCUGCGGCACAUCCCAGCUGGUGUUGUCACCAGACAAGGAGUCCCGACGCCUCCCCGCGCCAGGGGUCUCCAUGCACUUCAGAUCCCCCAUGUCCCAUGGAAGGGUCCAGCUGCAGAGAAGACACUUGGAACAGGGGAGGAGGGACCCCAGCAGGGGGAGCUGGGCACGGGGAGGCGAGGACCUCGGGCAGGAUCGAGGGAGAGCUUGGUGGCAAAUGCCAGCCAGGUCAGGAGAGCUGUGAGGACCCGAGUGUGGGGAGUGGGGUCUGCUCUCCAGGGGGCGUGGGGGACCAGAGUGUGACUUUGGAGACACAGGCCACUGCCUACUGCCCUUGGCUCUGGCAGGAGUGUCCAGCGCCUCCUUUGCAGGGGGAGGACUCCACAGAGGAGCCUGAACCCCUGAGCAGGAGGCAGAAGGUGGGAGGCUGUGGCCGGGGCCUCCUGGGAGGACUGUCACCAGAGGAAGAGGCUCACGGGACUAGCGCUCCACGGCCAGCUGGUGGUCAGCUCCCUGCAGGGAGGAGCAGAGCCCUCGAGAGGUGGGUUCCAGGCAAGCAGGACAGCCGACCGGGGUGUGGAAGUGCUCUGCGUUCCCCAGAGGGAAGCCCUGGGGCUGGGGGACAAGAAGAGGAGGAGGAGAAGGGGCUCCGUGGAGAAGCCUCCAGUCUGGGGAAUGGGCCUGUGCCCCGGGAGCUGGACUUCAGGCAGUGCCAGGGCAAGGAGACACUUCCCUCGGUGGCAGGGUGUGGCUUGCCGCAGUCUCCCAGACUGGCUGUUCCAGGUGAAGACACUGGUCCCCCUCGGGCUCUGAGCAAAGGACAGGAUAGAUAUUCUCUCCAAAUAGAUGCACUUGAGCAGGACGUGGAGGCCUGUUUCCAGCAACUGAACACCCUGAAACUUGGCAGCCGGGGUCACCAGCGGGAGAUGGCCCUCGUGGUGGGAGAGAACUGGAGCUUUGCUCAAAGGAGGCAGAGCAGAGGUGAGGAGAGUGGAGAGGCCACCAGCCUCGAACAGACUGUGGCCCGGGACACCAGCAGAGCUGUUGCAGGGACGUCCCCUGAUCAGGAGGAAGCCAGCCUGGACCCUGCAGAGCUCCACGGGGACGCGCUCUCCACACUCUGGCACACCCUCGAGAGGGCCAGGGCCACGUUGCAUCAGCUUCUUUCCUCACUGAAGAAAGAGAGGAGCCCGGUCUUAUGUGACAGGGCUGCACCUCGGGAAGACCUAGGGGGAUGCUCUCCUAAAGCUUGCCAUCUCGAGGCAGAGGGCCCGCGACGCGCAGCCCGGGUGUGCCGCCUCCAGCAGGCCAACCGGGCGCUGGAGGGAGACCUGGCCCAGCACAGGAGGGAGCUGGGCCAGUACGCGCAGGCCAUUUCCGACCUGGAAGAGUGCAAUGCGCAGAGUUACGGCAAGAUCUCGGAGCUCGAGGAGGAAAACGACAAACUGAAAAGGGAUCUGGGCCAACUCCGGAGGGCCAUGUCCCAGAGCGCCAGGGAAUCCCGCGGCCCCGGGGAGCACGUCGCCCUGGAAAGCAGGGAGCUCAAGGCACCGAUUUCGCAGCGUGGGGUCAGCUAUAAAGAGCUGGUAAGGGGUGUGGGGCUGGGGGUGGAAGGCAGGGUCCGGGCCUCCCAGGGGGAGAACGAGCGCCUUCUACGCAGGGUCCGAGCCCUGGAGCAGGAAGUGGCCUUGCAGACCAGGGGGGACAGGGCACGCUCGUUGGGAGGCCGUCAGCAACCCCAGGAAAGCACCAAGGCGGCGGUGGACAAGGUGUGCACCAUGGACAGAGGGGUGCAGGUGACUCCCCUCUCGGGGCAGCAGGUCACAAGCCCCUGCGGGCCACCCUUGGAGGAGGCAGUGGGCGUCCCUGGAGGGCAGACAGGCCCUGCCUCAGACCUGCAGGAUCCCGGAUGUGGCGCUGGUUCUACUGCUCCAUCACUGGUCAGGAGAAAUGCUGACGUCCCCCGUGUCCUGCGAGGAAGGGGCGGAGCAGGAGGAGGAGCAGCAUGUUUGGAGGGAGAGGAGAAAAGGCCAUGGUGUUCCCACCAAGGGCACGCUCUGAGGACCUCAUGCAGCGGCCCCCAGCUCCAGGAUGCAGAGGCCAAGGCCUCCGAGGAGGACCCCAGGCUGUGUGUCCGGCGGCUCGGUCACCAGAUGCAGACCCUGAAGUGCCAGCUCAGAGACCAGGGGUGGGCGCACUGGGAGCGGCAGGAGGAGCUCAAGGGCAAGCUGGAAGAGCUCCAGAGAAAGCAGCAUGAGGCCGACGUGGCUGUGGCCCCGCUGAAGGCCAAGCUGGCUUCCCUGGUCCACAAGUGCCUACGGAGGAACCACCUCAUCACCCGGCUACUGCAGGAGCUGGGCAGACACGGGCCCGUCGACCUCCUGCUCUCUGAGAUGGCCCAGAACAUGGUCCACGACGUGGCACUGUCCGAGUAUGCUGCUGCCUUCCUGACCCCUGGACUCUCAGAGACAAGCCCCCACCUGGACGUCGGCUCCCAGGGGACAGCAGCUGCAAGAGUUCAGGAACAGCUGCCGAGUUUUGAAACAGACGGUGUCCUCCAAAGCCCGUUGCGCUCAGACUCCUGGCCUUUUCCCAAGGCUGAGUGGCCAGCACCGACAGCUCGGCUGGAUUCGCCAAAGCCGCCUCUGCCCUCGGGGCCCACCCUGGAUCCUGGACCUGGGCCAGCAGUGGUCACCGUGGAACCAGGCGGAGAGCCCCAUCCUGGCCCCCACGCCCACAGCCUUCUGCCAGCCUCGGAGGUCCUGAGCCCGGCGAGGAUCCUGGCUCUUCACCAAGAGCUCAGACAAAGCAUUUGCGGCGAUUCCCAGGCUUGGGAGGAAAGCCGUGCCGUGCCCGCGAGUGUCGAGGAGUCUGGCAGCAGAGGCCAGCCAUCGCCACCCCCUGCGCCAGGCCACCCCCUGCGCCAGGCCCCUGCUUCUCAGCCGGGCACCUUCAUCCCCACGGCAAAGUGUGACCACGUCGGAGACAUUUGGAGAUCAUAGCUGGCUGGCUGCGGCCAGGGGGACAAGGGCAGGGGCUGAAGGACGUCCUCCAGUGCCCACAGCGGCUCCAGGAGGGCCACCCAGCCGAGCCGCAGCGGUACGGAGGCCGUGGGGCCAGCGUAGUCUGGCAGCCGCGGCUCCACCAGGGAGAGCGGUCUCACUUUCUGCCCCCGGGCCCCUCCCCCUGUCCC